AUGCGUUAUCGGUUCCGUUUUAUCCGUUUUACGCAGUAUCGCUGCGUUUUUUUGCUCAUCCUAUUAUUUAUAUUGAAGUGUUGCUUCGAUCUGCUGGGAGACAGUAAUACAUCGAGAGCUAAAAACCUAAAGUAUAAUGUCGUUAACGACACGAAGGCAAGAAUAGUUAUCGAGAGUUAUUACAAAUAUCCCUUGGAGAGUGGCUUCAAAGUCGCAAUGGAUAUCUUCAACUACAACUCUUCAUAUCACUGGUUCAUGGCGAUGAAACCGCUGUUGAAAAAUAUUGACGUAACACAAAAGUAUUCGGAAGAAAGACUUUGCAACUUAUGGCCAUUGAGCAAAACUUUUGGACCGAUAGAAGUGGAUAAAAGUGAAGUAGAUUUGGAAUGGGUAGCAAAAAUUAACAACCACGUGAAACCAGGAGGUUACUAUGCCCCGGCCUACUGUCGACCGAAGCAACGUGUGGCUAUCAUAGUGCCGUACCGAGACCGGCAAGUGAACCUUGGUAUUUUCCUGCUUCAUAUACAUAAAUACCUGAAAAAACAACUCUUGGAGUAUAGGAUUUUCGUCAUAGAACAAUUCGGGACGGAGAAGUUCAACAAGGGUACUCUGUACAACAUCGCGUACCUAGAGACUCAGCUGUUUGGUACCUGGGACUGCUUGAUCUUCCACGACGUGGAUCUGAUCCCUGAGGACGAGAGGAUCCCCUACACCUGCUCUGACCAUCCAAUACAUUUGGCUGCUGCUGUAGAAUCAUUUAAUUACAGUCUUCUGUACCCGACCAUCUUCGGUGGUGUCACUGCCCUCACUCCAGAACAAUAUACAACAGUCAAUGGUUAUUCUAAUUUCUAUUGGGAUUGGGGCGGAGAAGACGAUGAUUUCUAUAACAGAAUAGAGGGUCGAAACAUGACCAUCUUUCGGUACAACUUGACGUACGGCCGCUAUGCUACGCUGCCUCACAAACGCAAUGCAGAGGGUUCAGAAAGAAGCUUGCUCCUCAUGAUAUCCAAGAAGAGGGCUCAAAAAGAAGGUCUAAUUACAACGGUGUAUAAAUUAAUAAAAGUCGUUAAAGAAAAAUUGUACACACACAUCCUAGCCGAUGUUAACCCAACAAAAAUGAAAUUCGAUAUAAAGACUUUGAUACAGAAACUUCUAGAAUUAUACGGCGACAGUAUAGUAUUUGGUCUAGAAGAAUUUCGACUCGGCUAUCCUUUAAAAACAAAAUUAACAGUGAAAAUGUUAAAAUUAAAAAAUAAAAGGUUCACUAAAUCCACUUCACAUAGGUAA